CGGACAUUUAUCAGUACAGGUAAACUCAGUUUGGUGCAUUCAACUUCCACUUAUGUUGAUUAAACAUUGUGUAGUACAUGUUUAUAUAUAUAAAUAACAAGGACAAACAAAUGUAAACUACCUACUGUUUUGGAGCAAACACUUGGGAUAUUACACCUUAUUUCAGGAAUACUAUAAUGGGAAACAGUAGCAGCAGAUAAGAAUUAUGGGUACAUUAACAUGGACAUUUGUAGUCGGUGCUGUGACCUUGGUGUUGACCUAUGCUGCUAUUAGAAUAUUUAAAUAUUUGAAAUGGCUGAGACUUGUGAUAACGUCUGUUUCAAAAUUACCAGGUCCAAAGCCACAUUGGUUCUUUGGAAAUAUUUUUCAGAUAAAAGAUUUCAGUGACCUGAUGUUUAGGAUGCACGAGGAAUGUAUAGGAAAGGGAGAUAAACUAUAUGUGUUUUGGUUGUUUCGAUUCCAACCAAUUAUUAUAUUGGCACAUCCAGACACCAUUAAAGUUGUAAUGAGAUCUAAUGCUCCAAAGACAACGAUAGGUCCAGGAUAUCCUUUUCUUGUUCCAUGGCUAGGUCAAAGCUUAUUAAUAGCUAAUGGACCAAAAUGGGAAAGAAAUCGCCGAUUGUUGACACCAGCUUUCCACUUUAGUAUACUGACAGGGUAUUUUAAGCUCUACAAUGAGGUAGCUGAUGUAUUAUUGGAUAAGCUAGCGAGUGGAAGUAAAGAUGGGAAAUAUUUAGAUAUUUUUAAGCCAGCGAGCAUGGCUACUCUAGAUACUUUGUUACAAUGUUCACUUGGUUAUAAAGGAAAUGUUCAACUUGUGGGAGACAGUCAUCCCUAUGUGACAGCAGUAAAUCGUCUGGGACAUCUGAUUGAUAAAAGAAGUUUCCAUUUUCAUCAUUAUGCAGAGUUCAUAUACAGACAUUUUACUGCUGAUGGUAAAGAAUUCUUCAAGAUUUGUGAAUAUGUUCAUAAAUUCUCAAAAGACAUAAUAUCUAAAAGACGAAAAGAGUUGAAUGAAAGUAAAGAAGCAGAGCAGAAGAAACACUUGGACUUCCUGGAUAUAUUAAUAACAGCCAAAGAUGAUAAUGGUGUUGGACUGACGGAUGAUGAAAUCAGGGCAGAAGUCGAUACCUUCCUUUUUGCAGGCCAUGACACAACAUCUAGUGUAUUGAGCUGGAGUAUAUAUUGUUUAGGAAAAUACAAAGAUAUACAGGACAAAGUUUACAGAGAGGUCAAAGAAGUCACAGGCAGCAAUGGAAAUAUUGACAGUGAAGAUCUACCAAAGUUGAAAUACCUGACCUGUUUCCUGAAGGAGGUAAUGAGAUUACAUACACCGGUACCAGUCACAAACAGGACAUUAGAUGAACCCAUUGUUUUGGAUGGGUAUGAUAUCCCUGCUGGAGUUAUGGUAGACUUUGGUAUUUAUCAUUGUCAUAACCAUCCUGAUGUUUGGGAAAAUCCAAAAGAAUUUAAACCAGAGAGAUUUGAGGGAGACAAACAUCAUCAGAUGGAUCCAUAUAGUUUUACUCCAUUUUCUGCUGGACCAAGAAAUUGUAUUGGAUUAAACUUUGCACAGAAUGAGGAGAAAGUGUUGAUAGCAAGAAUUGUAGAAAGGUUUGAAGUCACCUUGGAUCCAGACCAUACAGUUAUACCAUUUCUUGAGGUUGUAAUGAGAGCCAAAACUGGUAUUAUGGUCAAUUUUAAAGAUAGAAGCUCCUGAGUUACCAAGAAGACCUGAAAAGUGAAAUCUUGAUUUUAAAACAGAGGCUUCUUAUAAUUUAUUUUAUUGUUAUUAAUGAAAGAAAUGUAAAAACAAGCCAUUAAUUUUUGGUGUUUCUAAGAAUUUAUGUUAGCAGACAGGACAAUAUUGCACUGGUUUUAUUUUCUUAAAAAUGUUUGUUCAUUUAAUUAACUUAAACAAUUAUGUCCAACUUUUAUAAAUUUAUUCAAUCGUUUGGGCCUUGGUAGAUGGAUAAUAAUAAUUACCUCCCCUUUAUAUUUUUUGAACUUUUUUAUUAGAUGAAGGUUUUGCACAACUUUCAACCUAUCCUCUAUUUUUAAUUUUAUGGCAGCCACUGGUGGAUUAGUAAAUUGAAUUAUCUCCCCUGUUGAAUUGUUAGAUUGUUCUGUAUUUUACACGUUUUUUGGUAGCUUAGUAUUAUUGUAAAUUUAUCUAGUUACAGUUUUUCUUUCACCAUUGCAAUUAAUAUUGAAAAAGAAGAUAAAUUUUGUUGUUAAUCAGUUAUUGCACAUAAGAAAAUUCUUGGACAAAAAAAAUAAGUUACAGUGACUUGACUGUUAGUGUUGCUAUCCACCAAUUGCAACUCAUUCAAAAUUUUGACCAAAUUGCAAUUUGUUUUUUAAAAUCCAAUUGCUCAACUGGUCAGAAUAUUGAACAAAUUGUUCAGUCAAAAUGUGAAAGUGCAAGGUGAUAAAAUAAAAUAUACUUACAAUCCUAUAAGACUUUAACUCCACUUUAAUGAUGUUAUUACUAAAUCUGUCUAUCAAUCUGUAUAGUUAUAUUAUAGCCAUUACCAUACUAUAGUUCAACUGUUUUAUUAUGAAUUGCUAUAAAAAUGUCCAAACUAAGCUUUUAUAUAGUUUUUCUUUCGAAAAGAAUUUUAUAUUUAUAAGAAUCAUGUAUCAUUUAAAAUAAUACAUCAUAUAUUCAGUAAAAUACGUGUGAAAUAACAAUAUGCUAUUGAUAAGUUUCCUUGGGGAGAUAACCUAAAAUACUAUUCUUUUGAAUAAAGACUUUUUGAAACCAAAAAAGAUUAUCUCCCCUUCCUACAAACAUAUUGCAAUUUCACAAAUAUUUUACUGAAUAUGAAAUGAUUUUAUUCACAUAAUGUGUGAUCCUUAUGAAUAUAGAAUACUUUUCGAAAGAAAAACUAUAUAAAAGCUUAGUUUGGACAUUUUUAUAGCAAUUAAAAAUAAAACAGUUCACCUUUAGUAUGGUAAUGGCUAUAAUAUAACUAUACAGAUUGAUAGACUGAUUUAGUAAUAACAUCAUUAAAGUGGAGUUAAAGUCUUAUAGGAUUGUAAAGUAUGUUUCAUUUUAUCACCUUGCACUUUCACACUUGACUGUGGUUUUCUACAGCAGUUGGUUCAAAUUUCUGACCAGUUGAACAAUUUGGUUGAAUAAAAGCAAUUUGGUCAAAAUUUUGAAUGAAUUGCAAUUGGUGGAUAGCAACACUUACAGUCAAGUCACUGUAAAUGGA